AUGUCUCCUCGAUUAAUUAAUUUAUUGAAAAUUUUUUUCUUUUUAUUUUUAUUAAUUGAAGUAGCUGCUUUAACUAAUUUAACAACAAAAAGAAGAAAAGGGGGAUAUGAGGCUUUGUGGAAUUUAAAUAAAAUGGCUGAAUGUAAAUUGGGGUAUAGUGCUUUGGCUUAUAAUGAUUAUGGUUGUUGGUGUGGAGUUGGGGGAGUUGGAGAACCUAUGGAUAAAAUUGAUAGUUGUUGUAUGGCACACGAUAAAUGUUAUGAUUUGGCUGUAGAUAAAGGAAUUUGUUUUGAUGUAGAAUUUGAAUAUAUCGAUGAUUAUGGCUGGGAAUGUAAAAAUAAAGUAAUUAAUUGUCCAAAAACUUUAAAUGGAUGCAAAGAAGCUUUGUGUCAUUGCGACAAGCAAGUAGUCGAUUGCUGGUCUAAAUACCCAAAACCUUCAAUUAAAACAAAAUGUACGCACGGAAAAAGAAUUUUUAGUAAUAUUUUGGGAAUUGUUUUUGAUUCUUUAAAGAUUUUUAUUAAUUUUGUUUCUUCUUUGCCAAAUUUGGUUGCCGGGCUUUUUCAUCGAAAUUAA